AUGCAACCCAGCCAUCAGGAUACACCACGAACCGUUGAUGGAUCGUCAGUACCCGCCCAAAAGUCGAUUCCAAAAGAAAAACUAUUACCAUGCAAAUAUCGAACUGGCCGUGUUUUGGGCGGCGGGAGCUAUUCGGUAGUCAAAGAAGCCGUUCACGUUGAAACAAAAAAGUUAUAUGCAGCAAAGAUUAUCAACAAGAAACUGGUAGAGAAAAAACCCGAGUUUGUAAAAAACGAGAUUACCAUAUUAAAACGAAUUUCGAGUGGACACCCCAACAUUCUGCGCCUUGUUGACUACUUUGAGACAGUAAAUAACUUAUACCUAAUUACUGAGCUUGCUACUGGAGGUGAGCUCUUCGACCGCAUUUGUGCUCAAGGAUCAUUCUAUGAAGCAGACGCCGCUAGACUCAUACGCACAACUACCUCUGCCGUUAAAUACCUACAUGAAAAUGGAAUCGUUCAUCGUGACUUAAAACCAGAAAAUUUACUAUAUCGAUCGAAAGACCCAGAAUCUGAGCUCUUGAUUGCUGAUUUUGGAUUAUCUCAAUUCUAUGACGACUCGCAAUAUUAUAUGUUGAUGACCGCUUGCGGAACUCCAGAGUAUAUGGCACCUGAAAUAUUUCGACGAGUUGGCUAUGGAAAAUCUGUAGAUAUUUGGUCUAUUGGUGUAAUUACUUACUUCUUGCUAUGCGGAUACUCCCCUUUUGUGCGAUCUUCACAAGUAGAAGUUAUUGAAGCAAUUUUGGCGAACAACUAUGGUUUUCACGAAGCUUAUUGGUCCGGUGUCUCUUCCAUUGCAAAAGAUUUUAUUCGCAAAUGUUUGGAAGAUGACCCGGCGAAACGGUUAACUGCUACGGAAGCCUUACAACAUCCGUUUCUUUCUAUGAGAGGUUCGACAACUGCAAAUUUGCUUCCGAAGGUCCGUGAAAACUUCAAUGCUCGAAAAAAGUUUCGGAAAGCUUUUAAUGCUGUGCGAGCCUUUAAUACUCUAAAGAAAGACAUUGAACCAAAGUCCCGCUAA